GCUAUUAGAAAUAGUAAGAAAAUUGAAGGAGUUGUGUUUAGGUCAAGAGAAGCUUUUCUUCCAAAGAAGAUGUGGCUGAUCAUGAAGGUUUUCCUCUUGCAAAUUUUAGCGUUUCUACUUUUUGGUGGUGGCAUCUAUUGCCAAGCUUCAACCCGUCGGCUUACUUUUGUGGUGAGGGAAGCUUCAUAUACAAGGCUUUGUAGCUCCAAGAACAUCUUAACAGUAAAUGGACAAUUUCCAGGACCAACUAUAUAUGCUAAGAAAGGAGAGACGAUCAUUGUUGACGUUUAUAACAAAGGAAAAGAAAACAUCACCAUUCACUGGCAUGGGGUGAGCAUGCCUAGAUAUCCAUGGACAGAUGGUCCCGAGUAUAUCACACAAUGCCCAAUUCAACCAGGGUCAAAAUUUAGCCAAAAGAUCAUCCUUUCCUUUGAGGAAGGCACUCUAUGGUGGCAUGCUCACAGUGAUUGGACCCGAGCCACCGUUCAUGGAGCUAUAAUCAUCUAUCCCAAGAAUGGAACCAAGUAUCCUUUUCCCAAACCUAAUGCAGAAGUUCCCAUCAUAUUAGGACAAUGGUGGAAGAGUGAUGUGAAUGUGGUUCGAGAUGAAGCACUUGCAACUGGAGCUGACCCCAAUGUCUCUGAUUCUUUAUUGAUAAAUGGACAACCUGGUGAUUUAUUGCCAUGCUCAAAAUCAGGCACAUUCAAGCUAACGGUGGAUCAUGGAAAGACCUAUCUACUUCGCAUAAUCAAUGCUGCCUUGAACGAGGCUCUCUUCUUCUCCAUUGCCAAGCAUAAAAUGACAGUGGUUGGAACAGAUGGUAGCUACACGAAACCAUUGACACAAGAUUAUAUCACAAUACAUCCUGGCCAAACCUACGAUGUCUUACUAGAAGCUAACCAACACCCGGAUCACUAUUACAUGGCAGCUAAAACUUAUUCCAGUGCCCCGACAACUUCUAAUGCUUUGGCAGCUCUGGCAGCUCCUAAUGCUUUUGAUAACACAACCACCACAGCUAUUGUACAGUAUAGGGGAUACUACACUCCAUCUUCACCUCCCUCCUUACCUGAUUUUCCUGCAUACAAUGACGCAAAUGCAUCAGUUCAGGUCAUGGCCGGCCUCCAAAGCUUAGCAAAUGUAGAACAUCCUUGCAAUGUCCCACUGAGCCCGAGCACUAAACUGAUUUACACUGUUUCUAUGAACUCGUUCCUAUGCCCCAAUAAUUCAUGUGGAGGACCCAAUGGGACGCGGUUUGCCGCAAGUAUAAACAACAUAAGCUUCCAAUCCCCUACAAUUGACAUACUGCAAGCUUACUAUUAUAACAUCAGUGGUGUAUAUGGAGAUAAAUUUCCUAGCGUUCCACCACUAGUGUACAAUUUUACCACUGAUAUUCUUCCCUUAGAGUAUCAAACGCCGAAAAAUAGAACAGAAGUAAGGGUGCUCGAGUAUAACUCCACAGUGGAGAUUGUUUUUCAAGGGACAAGCUUGAUUUCAGGGACAACCCACCCCAUGCAUCUCCAUGGAUACAGUUUCUAUGUUGUUGGAUGGGGAUUUGGGAAUUUUGAUAAAAAUAGGGACCCAUUGCGCUACAAUCUGGUGGAUCCUCCCCUUCAGAGUACCAUCUCUGUUCCUACGAAAGGUUGGGCUGCAAUCAGAUUCGAGGCAUCCAACCCUGGAGUGUGGUUCAUGCAUUGCCAUGUAGAACGCCAUCUAACUUGGGGCAUGGAAACUGCGUUCAUAGUGAAAAAUGGUAAACACCCCGAAGCUGAAAUCUUGCCUCCGCCAUCUGACAUGCCACCAUGUUGAAGCUGCAAAGAAUUAAC